CUGCUAUCCUUUAAUACUUUCACUAGCAACCUUCUACAAAGGUAACAAGGAAGGAUCAUGUCGAUGCUACUAAGUCACGAGCUACAUAUUCCGAUCCCCCUGUCACCAGAAUCUCACCUUAGGCAUUCAACCAGUCAAAUCGACCGAGAAACUUUCCCCUAUUUUACUUGCAACAACGACUAUAGAUAUCAUGUGGGUCAUGAGAUUUACAAGAGUUUAUGUAUUAUUGAUAAUUUGUUUAAGGAAGAUAUCCUUGAUGCCAAAACAAUAGAACCACAUCACCUUCCUUUAAAGAGAUACUUUCUGAGAUACAGACCCGAUUGUCGUCAUGAAUUGGACGAUGAUAAGUUAUACCCCGAGAUCGACCACUAUCUUCGUAAACAUCUCGAAUAUCUUCGUGUUGUUAAACCUCGGUACAAUAACUGGGCCAACCAAGAUCAGAUUUCUACUCCUGUUGCAGAAGCUAUCAAGAAGUUGAUUCCUGACAUGGAAACAUAUUUGGAUAUAAUUUUGAAUCAACAGGAAUACUUUAAUUUUAAUGUGAAUAUUUACAUGGUUUAAAUUAAUCCGAGGGUCUGAUAUUGCAAUAAUAUCCGAAAAUUUUUAGAGAUCUUGCGUGACUCGAACGGAAUGGGUAUUUUUCGGAUAUUCCAUACAUUUUAUUUCAUUUUGUGACUGGUUUUGUUUUGUGAUUGCAACUUUCUUUUUUUAUAUUGUUUGGUUAUUUGCGGCUAUAUGGGGUCUUAUCAUGUGGGAUGGAGAAACAUUUUAUUGGUCAAUGCGUAUGAUUCAUGAAUCAUCCUUGAUGGAAAAUUAUUUGGAAAUUACUUGGAAAUUACUUGGACAUUUUUGUUGUUGUUUUUUAUUAUGUUGGUUAUUUGGUUUUGUUGGACUUUUUAGGCUGGAACUUUAGGUUAUAUUGGACAAUUUAUAUAGACAUUGGUUUUGAAAAGAUAUUAUAUUACGAUUGG